AUGGCGCAGCUCGCGUCGCUCAAGACGUCGGCGCUCGCGACGGCGCCGGCUACGGCCGCGCCGGCGCCCGAGGACGCCGCGCCGCUCGCGGGCAGGACCGGCUACGUCGCCGUGGACCUCGAGCUGCCCGCGGCGCUCCGGUCCGCCCCCUCCGCGCCGUCCGCGGCUCCCGCGCCCGCGCGGCCGCGGCCCGCCGUCGUCCGCCCGCCGGGCGUCGCCGAGGCGCGCCAGGCGCUGCCCUGCUGCGGCAUGGAGCAGGAGCUCGUCGACGCGGUCUCGCGGAACGACGUCGUCGUCGUCUGCGGCGCCACGGGCUCCGGCAAGUCGACGCAGCUGCCCCAGUUCCUCUACGAGGCGGGCCUCACGGCCACGGGCCUGCGCAUCGCCGUGACGCAGCCGCGGCGCGUCGCCGCGGUGACGACGUGCGAGCGCGUGGCCCACGAGCUCGGCGCACCGGACCCGAAAACCACGCCCGACGCGCUCGUGGGCUACCGCACGCGCUACGACGCCGGCGGCGUCGGCCCGUCGACGCGCUUGUUAUUUGAGACGGACGGCGUGCUGCUCAACGAGUGCAAGCGCGACCUCUUGCUGCGCGACUACGCGGCGGUGAUCCUGGACGAGGCGCACGAGCGGUCGCUGAACACGGACGUGCUGCUGGGCCUGCUGAGCCGCGCCGUGCCCCUGCGGCGCGCGCACUACGACGAGGCGACGGCCGCGGGCGACGCGGACGCCCUGCCGCCGCUGAAGCUCGUGGUCAUGUCCGCGACGCUCCGCGUCGACGACUUUUUGGACAACGCGGCCCUCUGGGGCGCCGGCCCGCGGCCCGAGCUCGUCAGCGUCGAGGCGCGGCAGCACCCCGUGACGACGCACUUCGCCAAGGUCACGGAGCUCGACGACUACGCGGGCGCGGCCCUGGCCAAGACGCGCGCGAUCCACGACAAGUUGCCCGACGGCGCGGUCCUCGUUUUUUUCACGGGCAAGCGGGAGAUCGACGAGUUGUGGACGCCCUGCGGGGGCCGGGCCUCCACGUCGUGCCCCUCCACGCGCAGAUGUCCCUCGCGGACCAGCGCGCGGCCUUCGCGGAGCCGCCGCCGGGUUGCCGAAAGGUCGUCGCGGCGACGAACGUCGCGGAGACGUCGCUGA